AUGUCGAAAAAGCUGAGCAAGGCCGAGGCGGCCUCGAUCGACGGUUUCAUCGAGCGGCUGUUCGCGUGCAAGCUGCUCACCGAGAACGAGGUCAAGAUCCUCUGCGAGAAGGGCAAGGAGGUCAUCAUGAAGGAGAGCAACGUCGCGGUCGUCCGCGCCCCCGUCACCAUCUGCGGCGACAUCCACGGCCAGUUCCACGACCUGCUCGAGCUCUUCAAGAUCGGGGGCACACUCCCCGAAACCAACUACCUCUUCCUGGGCGACUACGUGGACCGCGGCUACUACUCGGUGGAGACGGUGUCGCUGCUGGUGGCGCUGAAGAUCCGGUACCCCAGCCGGCUGACGAUCCUGCGGGGCAACCACGAGACCCGGCAGAUCACCCAGAACUGGUUCUACGACGAGUGCAUGCGCAAGUACGAAAACAACAACGUCUGGAAGUACUUCACCGACAUGUUCGAUUACCUGCCCCUCACCGGCCUCGUCGAGAACGAGAUCUUCGGCCUGCACGGCGGGCUCUCUCCCAGCGUGUCCACCCUCGACCAGAUCCGCGAGCUGGACCGCGCGCAGGAGGUGCCGCACGAGGGGCCCAUCUGCGACCUGCUCUGGUCCGACCCCGACCUGCUGCGCUCGGGGUUCAAUGACAGUCCCCGGGGGGCAGGCUACAACUUCGGGCAGGACGAGACCCUCAAGUUCAACCGCAAGAACGGCAUCAAGACCAUCACGCGGGCCCACCAGAUGGUCGAGGAGGGCUACAAGGAGGAGCACGAGAAGCACCUGGUCACGGUCUUUUCUGCCCCCAACUACUGCUACCGGUGCGCCAACCUGGCCGGCAUGAUCAUGGUCGACGAGGCCCUCUGCCACCACGUCGAGAAGUUCGACCCCAGCCCCCGCCGAGGUGAGGCGCACGUCGUCAAAAAGACCCCCGAUUAUUUCCUCUGA